GGGAGGAGAAACGACCAGCAGGCAGCCACAGGCGACAGCGACAACUUUCAACUCUUUGUUUCGUGCAUCAGCAGGUAAAGAUGAGCGACGCGAAUCAGCCCAAACUUGAACUUUUUGUGAAGGCGGGCAGCGAUGGUCAGAGCAUCGGCAACUGUCCCUUCUCGCAGCGUCUCUUCAUGGUGCUGUGGCUGAAAGGAGUCACCUUCGACGUCACCACAGUGGAUAUGAAGAGGAAGCCUGACAUCUUGAAGGAUCUGGCUCCGGGUGCCCAGCCUCCCUUCCUGUUGUACGGCAGCGAGGUGAAAACGGACACCAACAAGAUCGAGGAGUUCCUGGAGGAGAAUCUCGCCCCUCCAAAGUAUCUCCGUCUGGCUGCUCGUAACCCAGAGUCCAACACUGCAGGGAUGGAUGUUUUCUCCAAAUUCUCUGCUUACGUCAAAAACUCAAACCCUCAGACCAACGAAAAUCUAGAGAAAGGCCUGCUGAAGGCUCUGAAGAAGCUGGAUGACUACCUUGGCUGCCCACUUCCUGACGAGAUUGACGAGAAUAGCGCCGAUGAGCUCACUUCCUCAUCCCGCCCCUUCCUGGACGGCCAAGAGCUUACUCUGGCUGACUGCAACUUGCUGCCUAAGCUGCACAUCGUGAAGGUGGUGUGUUUAAAAUACAGAAACUUUAGCAUCCCUGAGUCUCUGACAAACCUCUGGAGGUACCUGAAUGCAGCGUACGCCAGGGAGGAGUUCUCCUCCACCUGCCCGAUCGACAACGAGAUCCACAUCGCCUACUCCUCUGUCGCUAAAGCUCUCAAGUAGGAGCACAACAGGAUGCACAAGUCAUGAACGCACCAGCACGAAAAAACACACCCAUUUACUCUCCUGCACACAAACUCUGCAAGCAACCUGGUCGAUCUGUAUGUCAAGCAGCUUUUGCUGCAUCUGAAUGCUAAUUUUUUUAUUCUGCUUUAAAAGGUGAUGUCACCUAUAUAUAUAUAUAUAUAUAUAUAUAUAUAUAUAUAUAUAUAUAUAUAUAUGUCAAUAUAGCUGGUUUUGUAGCACCAAACUACACUAUUGUGGUGUGCUGUGUUCACACUAAACCCAAAGCAAAUUUUUUUGCAUGGUUACAUAAAAAGUUAAUGCAGAGACACAAAUAUGUGAUGCAAAUAACACACCAUUGUUUGCAUGUUUGAAAAAAAUUUGCAUGCUGCUCUGGUGUGAAAGCCUGUCAGUGAUUCUCCUGCAGGGCAUACCCUGCAAGAUCCAAACUCCAUUCAGAAAACAAGCAUUUUAAGAGUUGUUGUUUGAAGUCUUGCAGACAGACCUGAAAAAACAUUCAGGCUUUUUACACAUCUGCAUCUUGAUAUAGUUAUUUCGGUAUACUUUUGAUCCAUUUAUUGCAAUUAAAUCACAUCAGAAUCUGUUUGUUUUGGGGUUUAUACUGAUGUUUAGUGGAAGUCAUCCAGAUGCCGUUUCUGAACAAGGCAGCAGAGCAUCUGAGGGCUCAAUAUCACUCCGUGCUCAACUCGGAUUUCGCCCUGCUCCACUGAAAUCGUUCACGACCCACUACAAAAAAAGACAACCCUUUGUGAACUGCAUUGUUGAAUUUGCAACAGAUGUUUUGUGGUUGCACAAUAUACGUUCUGGGUCGGGCUCCAUCAUGCUUACAAUCAUCACGCUCUGCUCCACUUGAGGUUCACCUCUGUGUGCACCUGACAUGACAUAAUUAGGUUGUCUAAUGUAUAAGGGACUUUCACAACAGAUACAAAGAAGUGUUAUCUACACCUCUGCGUCUGGUGUGAUGAACGUAAAAAAACCACAAAUGAUCCCACAGUCAAAAAAGGUGAUAAAUCUUUGCAUUUGGUGUGAACACAGCAUCUGGGUUGUUUUGAAAUGUUUAUUUACGUUGUUUUCCUGCUUUUUGUUUGCCGUGUGAAUCAGUUUACAUCGGAAGAGAAUCAUGGAAACACAUGGGAGCUGUCGUAAAAACAAACACAUUUUAUUCUGGGUUUUCCUGAACAAUUCACCUCUGUAGGAAAUUAAUGAUUAAUCACGUUGCUUGCAGGCUUACAUACACACACACACACACACACACACACACACACACACUAACAUGAACAUUUUCACACACCUAAAACUACAGCCUUGCUUGUGUACAGUUUCCCCAUCAGUAGAUACACACUGUUAAGUUGUUUCUUGCUCCCUUCUUGUUGUUUUUUUGUUUUUUUACAGUAUAUCUUUGUAUUUUGGGAGGAAUUCAACAGACACAAAGCUGCCUACCAUAGCAAACUUUCACUAUUACCUUGCAAGCCUCGCACGAGCUGAUUCACCUCUUAUAUUCAGUCUUGGUUUAAAGGAAGUGGGUCUUUGUUGGGGUUUUUUUUGGUGAGACGUACGUACCAGCGCCAGCUCACCUGCCAAAGUGUCUUUUGUGGUUUGUCUGUAAUCACAAAUGCUUCUUAUUGAUUAUUAGUUUGUUACUGAGGGAACAAGGCCAUUAACAGCUGAGGAUUUGAGAUAUAUUUUUAAGGAAAUAGAUGUUCUUAUUCUUCACUUUCUGAGAGGAAGUGAGGUGCUUUUCCUCAGCGGGCUGCAGACCGGGUUUCGCUUUAGGGAGGCAGAGCUGAAAACAGUUACAGAGACAGGAAACUGUUUCAAUAGACCCGGGCUUCCCCUUUCUGCACUCCCACAGCAGGCACGGAGGAUUAUUCAAGAUUUCUGGGCUUGUUUGUGAUCCGUCCAACAGUUUGUUCUGCCUGUCAUGUAUGAAGGAUCCUUUAGUGUCGUAUUAAAAAGGGACAUCAGGUUGAGAUUGUUCAAGUCGUUAGAAGUUAGUUAAAAGCUAAAAGCUCUUCUUGGGCCUGUUCUGUCACACGUUUAACCUGAGGAAAAAAUGGAAAGUUAAAUGUUUAAAAUGUACAUUGCAGCUUUUGAUUGCCGUCCUUUUUGUUAAUUUAAGGAUAAGGCUGGUAAUAUUAAGUAUUUGUCUUAUCGUCAACAAAUUUCAUGAAAAGACCAACAACAUGAUGCUUCGCUGCUCAACACUUUAUGUUUAAAUUCGCCUUUAAUCUCACGUAAGGGUUAAUAUACAGCAAUCAGGUCAUUGUUGCAAAAUAUUUCACAAUAAUCACCAAUUUAUCAUAUGGUUACCUAAAAAGGAAAUAUUUAAUGUUUAACAAAAUAUUGAAUUAAAAAUGAUUUUUAUUGCUUCUACUGUAAAAAGAAGUUACUCCAGAUUUGUCCCAACAGCUUUGAUGACCUGCGCUGUCUGGAAAUAAAAAAAUAAAAAAAAAAAAUUCUGUCCUGCACAGUGAAAAGAUGCAAAGAAACAAAACAUUCUUCUAUUAGAAAUAAAAUAGAAAUAUGAAAUUCAUUUAAUUUGUCAUAUCUUUAUUUACUUAACACUUGUUGCAUUUAUAUUUUUACACUGUUGUACGUUUAGUUUAGUGCGCUUUUUUUUCAUCUUUAUUUUAUUUACAGACAACUGUAACAAAAGCAAUUUACCCCCCAGGGAUCAAUAAAGUAUUUCUGAUUCUGAUUCUACAUAUACACUUUUAAGAAUCUAAAUUGUAAUUUUUGUAAUUAUAAUUUAAUUACAUAUUUCUCAGUAACAACUCGCAGAUUAGUAACGUUUAUUCUGUUAUUUAACCACGUUAUUUAAUGCCGUUACAUGUAACUAGUUUCUCUCUAAAGCUGCUUGUCACACAAAGGGACCAUUUAAAUGACCUCAGCACGACCCAGUGCUAAUCUCCAUAAUGCCUGAUUUUGGUGUAAAUUGAUUAUUAUUAAUGCAGCCUAACACACAUGUGUUGCUCUGGUGGUUUUUUACAGCAGGGCAGUGCAUUUGAGAGUUAAAAUAAGCUUCAUUGGAACAAAUGAACAUCUAGUGCAACAAUGUGGCUCAUUAAUGUGUUUUUUAAGCUCUUGUGAUGGUUUAUAUUUGGUCUUUUAAUGGGGUUUGUUGGCAUUUAGAAACUUUUAAUAACACCAGACUUAUCCUUAUAUUUAACACCUUGUAUACUUUGUGUCUGCAGGCCGUCACUUUACUGCCACACGUAUCCUGCAGGAUUAAUCCACUCUCGUUAGGUCUGAAAUAAUUCUCGUAAAAGUGGCUUGAAAUUGAAACGCUGGGAAGAACUGGAAGCUUUUAUUAACUGCAACUAUGCAAAUUAACAUUUAUCAGGCUAGAAAAGGUUUGUUAUGAGUUUAAGAUUAUGUGUCCUGUCGCUCAGAUCAGGGUGGAGCUCGUGUUAAAAUAAAAAUUAAACCGAAGUGCAAUUUAAUCAAAGUGAAAAGUCAAUCUCGUACUUGUUCAUAUUAGACAUCCAGUGUGAGUUAUUGGUUAUUUUUAUACUUUAGUUUGAUCCAUCCACGAGGUUUAAUGCAAGUGUUGAUCACAGAGAUGAUAUAUUUUAUAUUGACUGAAUUGUUGUGGACUUCAUCUGUUUUCUAAAAAAAACAAAAAACAAAUGGACCAAUGUUUUAAGGGAUCAAGUCUGAAUAAUUUCAGCGCUCAUGUAUUUCAGUAUUUCUUUUAAGUUUGGGAGAGUUUUUCACGUCUUACUGACAGACUUGAUGCGAUUUCAGGGACCAUUUAACUUAACAUAUUCAUUAAAAUGUUGCUUACAUUAGUUUGUUUUUCACUAUUUUCUUCUUUUUAAUCUUUAUGUUGUGUAUUUUCUUUGACUUUGUGCAUUCCCAGAUAAAUAUUCUAACUUUUCCAUGUAAUGUAGUCAAAAGCAGUUGCACUUAAAAGUCCACAGCAUCAAAAGAAAACAAAGUGUGGACACUAAUUCAGUAGAUUUAAAUAAAACAAUGACGAUCAAACUAAUCGCACACCUGAAAUGUAUUUUGUACUUUAAAGUCCUUUUCAAAAACACAUUUAUUAAUAUGCCAAUAAAGAAAUAUCUGGAUAAUAAAGUGA